UAGGGAAUUGCCCAAAUUAAACGGAAUCAUGCUGUUGUUAUAUCACUCUCGCAUCUGGCCCCUGGGUAAUUGGCCGGGGCACCUCGGCCGUACGUGCUGUCGGUGCGGUCAGCAUGGGGGCUGACAGAAAGCGCAUUGUGGUUUUAAGUCGAUCCAGCUGACAUUCAUCAUGCCAUCGGCACUGCACGGCCCGGCGCAUCAAACUUUCGCCAACAACGCCCGGAAGUUUGCGCGAUCGUCACGGCAAUCAAGGAACUGGAUUUUUAAAAAACAAGUUGAAGGAGUUUUUGUAUUUACGUCAGUCACACUGUAGCCUGAAUGCUCUGCUACGCUGCUGGUGCUGCUGACUCUGGUGUGUGAACCUCCCAUCUGUCAGUCUGUGUGUUGCACUGGCUGAACCAAAGCCAUGGAGGUGGCCUUGGUAGACUUUGAGAGCCUGGAUGACCUUGCUGUCAACCUUGGAGAUGAGGUGGACACCUAUGCUGAUGAGACCACAGCUCUCACAGUGGACACGCCCCCAGAGCACAGCAGCCCAACCAGCAACUACCAUCUAAGAGCCACAGACCUAACACCUACACCUUCCCACUGCAGCCCUAUACCCCCAUACAUUUGGGAAUCGACCUCAUCUUCACCCAUUCCGCAGACACUUACAGUACCACAGUCCCCGACGAUGCCAACUCCAACUAGAAAGGGGCGUAGCAGCUGUGCUAGCAUGAUCUCAAACUUUAAACUGCUGCUAAGCAGUGAGGGCAGCAAGGAAAGUGAGAUGAUCUUUAACCGGCUUGCUAAGGAGUGCUGUGAGGAUCUCUUUGUUGAUAAACGAGGCUUGGAUGAUGGAGAUCAGAAAGUCAUCAUCAACAUUGCCGGUCUUCGUUUUGAGACGCAGCUUAAAACACUGGACCAGUUUCCUGAGACACUUCUAGGGGACCCUUUGAAGAGGAUGGAAUACUUUGAUCCAAUGAGGAAUGAGUACUUCUUUGAUCGGAACAGACCCAGCUUUGAUGGAAUUUUAUAUUACUACCAGUCAGGAGGUAAAGUUAGACGACCAGCUAACGUUCCCCUUGAUGUGUUUGCAGAUGAAAUUCUGUUCUAUGAGCUUGGAAACGAGGCCAUGGAGCAGUUCAGAGAAGAUGAAGGAUUCUUAAAAGACGUUGAGAUUCCUCUUCCUAGUAAUGAUGUGUACAGACAAUUCUGGCUGCUGUUUGAGUACCCAGAGAGCUCCAAUGCAGCACGAGGUGUAGCAUUGGUGUCUGUCCUUGUCAUUGUCAUAUCCAUUAUUAUUUUCUGCAUGGAAACACUACCAGAAUUCAGAGAUGAGACCGACCCAGUUGUGCCCACAGCAGUACAACCCUUUAACCAAUCGCGAGGUUCUGUGAGUCCGCCUGAUGUAAAGCCCACAACUUUCUCUGAUCCUUUCUUCAUCAUUGAAACUGCCUGCAUUGGUUGGUUUUUCUUUGAGCUGUGUGUGCGAUUUGUGGUCUGCCCUAGCAAAAGAGAGUUUUUCCACAACCUCAUGAACAUUAUCGACAUCAUAUCUAUCAUCCCCUAUUUUGUCACUGUGAUUACAGAAUUGGCCACAACUCCAGCAGAAAGCUCAGGGCAGAACAUGUCUUUGGCCAUUCUACGUAUCAUCCGUUUGGUGCGGGUGUUUCGUAUAUUCAAACUAUCUCGUCACUCUAAAGGACUCCAGAUCCUGGGACAGACUCUGAAGGCCAGCAUGCGUGAGCUUGGGUUGCUCAUCUUUUUCCUCUUUAUUGGAGUUAUCCUUUUCUCCAGUGCUAUCUACUUUGCUGAGGUAGAUGAGCCAAAUACAGUGUUUGUCAGCAUACCUGAUGGCUUCUGGUGGGCUGUUGUUACCAUGACCACUGUAGGCUACGGAGACAUGUGUCCCAUCACCAUGGGGGGUAAGAUGGUGGGCACCUUGUGUGCCAUUGCAGGUGUGCUGACUAUUGCCUUGCCUGUUCCCGUCAUUGUUUCCAACUUCAACUAUUUCUACCAUAGAGAGGCAGAAGCAGAGGACAAGUUGCCUUUGGCUGAUGCUGUUGAGAAAGCCAUAAAGGAUACCACACAGGGUAGCAACACCUCACUCAAUAAAGCCAAUGGGAUCUGGCAGAGUGACAAAGGGAAUUGACGUCAGAAGAACACUGUUCAAUAGGAGGUGAAACUUUGCCACUAAGCAGUAAAUAUUAAAGCUCAAAUUAAAUAGUCACUGUUAAGAGUGGCCAGUUGGAUUCAUUAGAUCUGCACUGCACCUUGUGAAAAAUAUGUUUUUUAAUUAUAAACUGGUUGUACCACAUUUACCUCUUUUUGUCCAAUAUGGAAAUGACAUUUUGAAAAUGAGUUCCCCAUAUUAAUGUUUAGGAAUUCAUGUUGUUAUAUUUCAUGGUAGGUGUUUAGGUUGCACACACCCGAGAAACUUCUCAUGUAUGUUUAACAGAUCCUUUUAAAGGAAACCUUGGUCUUCUGUUCAUUGCAUUGGCCAGUAAUCCUAAUGUUUACAACAUUGUGCCCAUUAAGUUGAUUGUUGUGAUUUUUUUCCUUGAGGAUGUUUAACACAGCUUUCCAACAGCAUUUUAAUGGGCCAUAAAGUAUUAAACCAUUUAAAGUUCAUCUAAAGUAAAGAAAAUUCUUAACUGUCACAUUGUUAAUGUAUUUUAUUAAUCUCUAAUAAUUCAACAUUUCAUCCUAUUGGAAUAAAUUCUCUCCUGCUCAAAAACUGAUACUUAUAUAUAAUAUUUUACAGUAUCUGCAAUGCCUCACAUGGCCCACUUUUCAUCUCACUGCUUAACUGAAAUCUUCUAUAUUUUCCGAUUAAAAUUGCAACUCUGCAAAACUGAUUGAAUUGCUGGCCAGUUCUGAACAAACAAAGGUCACUCCUUUCCUCUAAGUGUCUUCAAAGUCUAAUUUGUGUUGUGCUUAUUGUCUAGAUUAGAGCCAUCACAUAUUUAUUUAUUUAUUUACACAAAAAGUGAAUCAUAAUUGUGAAGUAUUCAUUCAUUCUCACUGGGUUGACCAAGUAAGGAUUCUCCACAACUCACAGUCAAACUGAUUCCACUUCAUAUAGUUGUUGUUUUUAUUUGUUGUAUUGUAAUGGAGUGCCUUAAAUCAUGCAAUGUUGGGAUACUGUUGAAUAUGCCAUAUAUAAUUCCACUGUAAUACCUAUGUCUGUCACACAUAUAUGCUCAGUAUUUUUGAUUUCAUAUUUGACUGGUAU